CUGCUACUCCACGAUAAGGGGGACUGGUGUCUCGAAUCAGAGGGGUGUUCCAACUUCAGAGACAGAGUGGUCACUGUUACGCGUGCCUUCGGUAAAUAUCGGCAAACGAAAACCCGCUUUCACAGAUAAGGUUGAAGGAACGUCACAGGAUUGUAUUCUACGAAGACCGAAUCGGACGAACAUAUAGCCUUGAAGACAACACGCCUGAACUUGAAGUUGAUCUUUCAGAUGCAGUGGCGACACAGUCCCUAAAAUAACGGACACCGGGACGUGAGAGAGCCAUGGAGAAUGGGAAGAGCCGCCUGCAGCAGGCCCAGGAUAAUGUGGAGGAGGUGAAGGUCAUUAUGAUGGAUAACCUCAACAAGGCCGAAGAGCGCACAGGCAAGCUGGGGGAACUGGAGAACAGAGCAGACGUGCUUCUUGAGCAGAGCAAGGGGUUUGCCAAGACCGCAGGUAAGGUGAAGAGGAAGAAACAGUGGGAGAACAACAAAAUGAAAAUCCUGAUAGCUGGCAUUGUAUCAGGCGUCAUUGUGGUCAUUAUCCUGGUGGCAAUUCUGACCAACAUUGACUUCAACACUGCCACAACAGGAAGUGACAGAUCUGAAGAAAACUCCACUAGAGGGCCUUGACAAGGACAGAGGACUGGCAGGGAAAUUAGAGGACAAUGGGGAUGUAAAGAAGACAGGAAGAUUUAUCAGGGAUUCCCUCCAGAGGAAAAGGAAUUGAUUAGGGGGGUACAGUCAAGCCUGUGUAGUCAACAAGAGUUGGUCACAAUUGCAAAGAUUGCUUUUGUAAGAUUGAAACAGAAGGGUCUGAAGCAUAACUUCCUAUGCUUUUGAAGCAGUAUUAUUUGUAAUAGAAAUAUCAUGUUGUCACUUCGAGGUGUUUGCCUACUGGACAAAUGCAUGUUGAAUAGGUACCGGGAUCUGCUGCUUCUUCAGCCAUGUUUCUGUAGUAAAGUCUGUUGCAGUGUACAGGCUUUUUAAAGAGGUUUACAUGUGGGGUUUGAUACUGUUCAUCUGGUAAACAUUUAUUCAAGUGAGUUUACAAUUUUUCAUGACACAGUAUUAUCAAUAGCCACUGCUAGUGCAAGACAUUUUGAAUAGUGUAUGACGUGCCACCAUAGCAGUACAUUUCAGUUUAAUUUAUACCUAUGUGCUAAUGCAGUUAAGAAAACUACUGAACAAUGGAUAUCUUUUGGUAAUGAAGGGCAGGUUUUUGUCGUAUAUGCUGUAGCUCUCACAAUAAACAUGUUUGCUCAGCCUGUGGGGCUUGUGUUGUUAUAUUCAUGUGUAUUAUAGAAGUGCCUUUCGUUUGGAAGCAGAAACUUGGUUUGGUGUUUAGUAUGAUUUUAGCAGACUAUUGUUAUAACCUGGGGAAAAUAGACACCCCUGCUGCUGUCAAAAUAUUUCAGCUGUGUUAAUCUUUGUAUGUAUCCUUGCCUCUGACUGUGACUGUAAUUAUAUUGUGCCUUUUGAGCCUUCAACAUAAAUGUCAGUUUUCACUCUCA